AUGUAUGUAUCUAAGAAGGCGUUAAAACAUAAUUUUGACCCCAGGAAGGCUCAAAAGGACACGUACCUACUAUGCAAACUGCAGUGGGGUGAGACUGGCAAACCUUGGAUACACUGGGUGAAAAAGGAUCAUUACCAUGCUGAAGUCUACUUCUUGGAGAAGAUCUUUAAGACGAGAAGAUCCCAUAAUUAUGUCAACUGUUCCAUCACCUGGUACUUGUCCUGGAGCCCUUGUGCGGAAUGCUGCCUUAAAAUACUGAAUUUCUUAGAAGAGAACUCAAAUGUGAACAUAGAUAUACAUAUAGCACGUCUUUAUCGCAUACAAGAUGAAAGAAACCGCCAAGGUCUGAGGGAGCUUGUGAGCUCGGAGGAAGUAACCAUUGCUGUCAUGGGAAUUGAAGGCAAGGUUUCCCCUGCUUUGUGGGACUGGGAAGGGGUGAAUUGGUGA